CCCUAGGCUUUGAGACCCCGCAAUGGCGUCCGCGACGGCGACGGCGACGGCGACCGGCGCUGCUGCGGCGGCGCCCGCAUUCGCUCUCGCAUCGUCUCUCUCUCGCCGCGGCUUCCUCCCGCUCCCUCGUCGCGCCGGCCGGCCCGUGCCCCAGUCGCUACGGCUCGUCGCGUCAGCCGUGAGGCGGCGCCGCGGCGCGGUCGUGGUGGCAGCGGACGCGGCGGCGGCGGCUGGGAGCGCGGAGUUUGGCGACGAGGAGAACCCGUAUGAGCUUCUGGGCAUCAGGCCGCUUGAUAGCUUCGACCACAUGAAGAUGGCCUACAAGAAGAAGCGCAAGGACGCCGAGGAGACUGGAGACGACGAGUUCCUUGCCAAGUUGGACAGGGCCUACGACACUGUCAUGAUGCAGCAGCUGCAGUAUCGGAAGAAGGGAGUCACAUACGGGUCUGUUGAGGUGUCUAAGGAUAUCAAGUAUGCUGAUAAUCAACCAAUGGUGCCUUGGGGACCAAGAUUCUCCAGAUCCACAGUGAAGGAUAUGCGCAUAAAUAUGGCAAUAUCAGCAGCAUUUGUUGUUUGGAUAGCUAUUAUGGGCAAUGCAGACUGGAAGCCUUUGCAGUUCCUAUGUUUUGCUUUCUUCUACAGAAUACUACAGAAGCUAAGAGCUACUGAACCAGCAAUAACUCCAAUAUACAAUGAAUAUGGUGAGGUUGAAGGAAGAGGGAUAAGAAUGGCAAAAAGAGUAGUCCGUGCUUUGGGUUUGAUAUUUGGAUGUGUGUUCACUGCAUCCCUGGGUUACACAGCAGCUGUUAACUUGAUUGAGCUUUCAAUGCAGUAUACUCCCCGUGUUGUUUAUUACUACCAGGAGCUGAUUGUUACUGCGGCUGCCUCUGUUCUUCUGUACAUCACAGCUUCAUACUACCGAUAAACACACACCGUGAGCAAUUAUUGCCUGGCUUAGACGACUGUGAGAUGUUAGGACAUGCCUGGAGUUUCAGUUGGACACCGACUUGCGGACUGGCGGCGGUGCCUUGUGCGUCAAGGGAUAGCCGAGAAUCCACAGAUUUUGUAGCAUACUUCCACCAGCAUCUGUCAGUUUUGAGGCAGAGAGUUCUUAGUGCAGGAUCUUAUGUGACCAGUUACGGUUUCAGUAGCAAACGCAGAUGGCUGAUGAGAAACAUUUCACGUGAAUAUUUCAACAGCAGUGUUGUGUAUGAAUUUGUUUUAUUAGAUCUUGGACAUGCUUAGGCAACAUGUUUAACUGCAAUGUGCUUGUGCUUUGUUUUUACCUUGAUCAAUGAAUGAAUGGUCAACUGUGAUCCGUAA